GCCGAUCUCACGGAUUGUGAUCUAUCCGCAACUCAGUCCCAUCCACGCCACUCAUCGACGUCAGAGAAGUUCCCAUGUUCAGAUGACUGGAUCAUCAUAGAAGAAGCUUUUUGAACUUUAUAUAAGGACUAAGAAUCAGGCAUUCUUGAAACAUAUUUCCAACUAUCACGCCACAGAAACAACUCGAACUUGCAAUAACAAUCUUCAACUAAGAGACAAAAUGCAUUUAUCUACUCUUUACAUCCACUCUUCUCUUCUUCUUGCUUCAUCGUUGUUCUCAACGGUGAUUGCAGCACCCUCCAACAACCUACUGGACGCUGACAUCUCUGUCGAUGGCUUUGGCCUUCCCGAUGAGAGCGGUGACAAUGACGGUGUUUCCGCCAAAGCCAAAGUCAGCGCCGAGAAUGACUACAAGGUCCCUAAUGGCUACAACAAGCCUCGUGUCCUAGAAGCCAACAUCGACGUCACUAGACUGGGCGUCGAUCCCAUCAUCUACUAUCCCGACAACGAUGAUGAGGAUACAGACGUUGACGAUACUGAUGAGGAGAAGCGUAGCAUCUUUGCACGACUCUUCACCAGGGCCUUGACUUCUGAUAAGAAGGAGGCUCUGCGUCGUCACAAUGUUGCUCGAUCCAAGGUCAAGGUCAAGGCCAUCCAGUGGGAUUCCAAACUUGAGUCAGCUGCUACAGCUUAUGCAAAGAAGUUGGCCAAGGCCGGUAAGAUGCAACACUCUGCAGGAAAAGAUCGUCCCAACCAGGGCGAGAACCUUGCGUAUGCUUGGGCAAGCAAUGGAUUCAAGAACCCUAUCACUGCUGGUACUCAGGGCUGGCUGAACGAGAAGAAGCACUACAAGGGAGAGACUAUCCCCAAGGGUAAUUUCUCUGACUAUGGCCACUACACUCAAUGUGUCUGGAAGAGUUCAACAAAGAUCGGUAUUGGUGCCGCCAAGGACUCCAAGGGCGCUUGGUACACUGUGGCUCGAUACUCUGGUCCCGGCAAUGUCGUCGGUCAGAAGCCGUACUAAAGAACAAAAGAAUAAAGUAAAAAGAGAUUGCAGAACAGAAUAGCUGCCUGGGGCAGUUGAGAAGGGACCAGAUGGACGUUUCUCAAGAGCGCUGACCUGAUACCUUCUUUGAUUCAUGCCAUUUCGUGGAAAGUGGCUAUAUGUAUUACUACUAGAAUACCUCACAUUCGCUUACGUGUCACGAAUCAUGUUAAAUAAAUCUUUUUGUUAU